AUGGGGAACAGCCCGUCCAAGGAUAGUCCAUAUGCCUUUCAGAGUACGACCCAGCAAGCCGGAGCCGGCAGCCAACAGCAAUCGUCACUAGCCGACGAGAACCCUAACGAACCUAAUGACCCUGAUGAUAGUAGGUUAACGCCUACACAUACGAAGAAUAUCUCUAUUUCUAAGCCUAGGAAUAGCCAUGUAAUUACCAGCGGCGUGUCGGCCGUAGCUCCUACGAGUGUGCGGAGAAGCCCGUACUAUGAUUUGAAAAUUGAUGUGAACAUGGCGCGUGCAUUGCAGCCCGUGUCCACCUCGUCCGACUCUUUCUCAUCCUCGUCCUCAUCGUCCUCUGCGGCGAGCUCGUCUUCCACGGCGAGCUCAUCUACUAGCCUAUGCGCCAAACCAGGAGAAACGGCGGCAGUCCCGGGACACUGCGGAUACGGUAGGGAACAUGGGUUUCUCUCCUUGAAGAGCUCGCUCUCUUCAAGCUCGGAUACCGCCCUUUCCUCCAUUAAUGUGAGCGGCGGCGGUAGCCUACCAACCAUCGCCGAGGAGAGGGAAAAUUCGCAUAUAAUUGCCCGAAACUCGAAGGCUACGUCUGCACCAUCAUACUCGCACAUGGCCAAGAAAAGUAGAAUUGCCAAUCCCCGUUCGGAAACUCCGAUUGUGCUAAAGAGGAAUCCCCACGAUCCUUACAAUAACGACAAGUUAAACAUUGAUGACGCAAUCGAAAAGUUACUAUACAUUGGGGAUAGCAGGUCUUACCAUUCCCGCGACUUCCCAUUCCAUUCGUGGGAGGUCCAGUUGAUAUGUGCCACUGUGCGUGAAAUCUUUUUGGAACAGCCGUCUCUAUUGCGUCUCCAGGCGCCAAUCAAAAUAGUCGGAGACGUCCACGGGCAGUUCACGGACUUGUUGCGUAUAUUAAAGCUCUCGGGAGUACCGGAUGAAACGAACUAUCUAUUCCUCGGUGACUAUGUCGAUCGCGGUAAGCAGUCACUAGAGACCAUCCUGUUAUUGCUCUGCUACAAGAUCAAGUAUCCCGACCGGUUUUUCAUGUUACGCGGGAACCAUGAAUCGGCGAGUGUGACUAAGAUGUACGGUUUUUAUGAUGAGUGUAAAAGGCGUAUGUCGACGAAGACUUGGAAACAGUUCGUGGAUGUGUUCAACACGCUGCCCUUUGCUGCAAUAGUCCAAGAUAAGAUAUUCUGUGUUCAUGGAGGGAUCUCACCUCAAUUAUCCAACAUGCGCCAAAUUGAAAAGAUCGCCCGUCCAACAGACAUUCCAGAGGAAGGCUUACUAACGGAUUUAUUGUGGUCGGAUCCGGACCCCGCCGUAUCCGAUUGGUCCCUAAAUGACCGUGGUGUCUCCUACACAUUCGGCAAAAGGAAUGUAUACGACUUUUGCGCGAACUUCAAGUUUGACCUCAUCAUUAGGGGGCAUAUGGUGGUGGAAGAUGGUUAUGAGUUCUUUGCCAAAAAGAAGUUCGUGACAAUUUUUAGCGCCCCGAACUAUUGCGGGCAGUUCCAAAACUGGGGCGCCGUUAUGAGUGUGACGACUGGGAUGAUGUGUAGUUUUGAGCUAUUGAAGCCGCACGGUUUGAAAGAUACACGACGGAAGUAG